CUUUGUUUCUCUUUUGAAGCGUUCCCUCCAGAUCUCGAUAUACGAAUUUUAUUUGUCUUCAAAAGCGCUGCUGAAUUCUUUAGAUAUUUUAUCACCACGUGAAAUAAAGAAUUUCUAACGAGCAAAUUAACAAAUCAACGAUUUUUUUACUCUAUUUUGUGGAUAAAUAAGUAGGAAAAUCAUUCUAUCUAGUGUAAGGCAAUUCUUAUUAAAUAAGACGCAAUAAGAAUAGAAUUGUUCUUUGUUCGUAAUGCUAACUGGCAUUUUUUUCGAAUUGUUUCAAGUUCUAUACGUACGUACUAAAUACGUAUAUACGUUCAUAUCAAACGUGAAAUAAACACUACGUAGAUAAUUCCGGUGUUGAAUUUUUCUGAGAACUCUGAGUGGAUUUGUUUCAAACAACAAAAUGGGUGAAUCUCAUAGGAAUGGGAGAGAAAAAGAAUUUUAUUCUUUAUAUGUAACAAAUUUGCCAGCUGAAUUAGAUGAGAAUGGAAUAAAAAAUGUCUUUAAUAAAUUUGGAACAGUCACAGGAAUAUUAGUAGCAAAUGAUUUGAAAUUUGCAUUCGUAUCUUAUGAUACUUAUGCCGAAGCAGAAGCUGCGAUUGCCAAUUUAGAUCACAAACCACCGCUUGAUCUCUAUGUUGAGUUUCGUAAGAAUAAAAUACAUGAAAAUAGAUCAGUACCAACAACUGAAAAGGAUUUCGAACCUGUAAAGAUUAUUGAAUCACAAGAUCAUCGUUACAAUUAUUCUAGAUUUUUGAGACCAUUGGAAGCUCGUCCUGAGAAUUUUAAACUUCCACCACCCGAAAUGAGUCCUUAUUAUUAUAAUUAUCCAAAAGGACGCUUCGUACAUCCUUCAAUGUCUGAAUUUUAUGAUAAUAUCCCGUAUCCAGAGACAAAUGCACUCUGGAGUCGAGGAAAAGUAAUAGUUGACCCUGCUGGACAGCGUCAUGUAGCUUUAGGACGUGGAUACGUUCAUUACCAUAUUCCUGAUCCGUUCCCUGAAGUAGAAAGGCAAUUAAACCGAGUUUACGAAAAAAGAAUGCCUAAUUCGUAUGUUCAUGGUAAUGAUGAAUUGAGUGAUCAAAUUGGACAAUGUUUAGCUUGUUUGAAAAAUGCAAUUUAUAGUUGUAAAUCAUGUGGAGGAAGUUAUUGUAGUCCCGAAUGUCAGGCAGCAGAUUGGCCAAAGCAUAGAACUCAAUGUAUGAUUCCAUCUUUAAUUCAAACUUCAAAUCCAAAUACGUCAAACAAAAACGUUGUGAAUACAAAAAUUUCUACUGUUAGUUCUCAAGAUUUCGAUGAUACAUCAUCAAAACUGAGUGACAAGCAAAAACUUAUCGGUAGUUCUGAUUCAAGUAUAAAAUCAGAUACAUCUGAAAAAAAGAAAAAAAUUGAUUUAGCAAGUAGACUAGAAAUUUCCAGGAAAAGUGUAUCUCAAGUUCAUGACAGAGACUUUGAAUUUAGAAGAAAUGAAAAUAGUUUUUUGUCUUCGGUAGAUUUUAUUUCAGUUCAAAUCGUAGUUGUCCACAAGUAUGGAUUAUUGAGUGUUCAAAAAACUUCUGAUAUAGAAAAACUAAUGGAUUUGAUGGCUAAAUUAACAACAAUGAGUGAGAAGUUUGAGAAAGUAAAAAAUCCAGUAGUUGGAAAAAUUUAUGCUGCUAUCUAUGAUGGAAUUUGGCAUCGUAUAAUUCUUUUAGAUUUUAGUUCAACAUUACAAAUUGAUUAUAUUGACUAUGGAACCAUCGAAGAAGUAACAGGACCUAUAGAAUUACGUGAUAUUGGAGAACUUGCAAAUAUACCAAGAUUUUCUCGAAUAAUCCGAAUUCGUCCUCAAUAUCAAGAAAAAUAUAAAAAUUUGAAAGAGACAGAUACUAUUGAAGUGAGAAUGAUUGAUGUAGAUAAUGAUGGUAUCAUAAAUGUAGAUAUUCUUGACAAAAUACAAAAUCAUGAAACAAUACCUACACCAUUAGAACGUCCUAAAAAAUUGAUUCACAUUGAAGCCAAGCCAAAACCUUUGAAAUUAUCACAAGCAGAAAUCCUCUCUAAAUCUGUCGAACAAAUAGAUCUAGAAAAUAAUAAAACAAUAGAAAGUUUACAAAAGAAAAUAGUAUCUCCAGUCAAACCUCCGGUUGAACAAAGUGUUAAAUCUCCAGUUAAAGAAAGUUUCAAAUCUCCAAUGAAACAAAACGAAAACAUAACUGAUUUUCCAAAUAUUUUAGCUACUUUGAAAAAAGGAGUGAACCAAGUUGUAGGAGAAAUUACAGAAAGAAUCAAUAAAGAAUCAGUAAUAGCAGCUAUAUUAUACGACGAAGUUCAAGAUGAAUAUACUCAAUUGAUGGAACCUUUAAAAAAUGAUUGUGACAAUCUAAAAUCACAAUAUACUAAUUUCAAACCUCAAGUGAACGAUCUUGUUUGCGGUUUUAAAUCAGAUGAUGGCUUCUGGAGACGUGGUCGUGUUCUUUCGACUAGUCCAACUAUAACAAUAGCAUCAAUAGAUGAAGGUUUAAAAUGUGACGUUGAUGCAGUAAUUCCCGUUCCUCCAAAAUAUUCAAAAAUUCAUCCUUUCACAAUCAUAUUAACAUCUAAAGUUGACUUAUCGAACAUGAAUACAGUUAUUUUCAAAGUAUUCGAAGAUAAAUCUUGUACAUCGAGUUCUGACUCAUUCUUACGUGGAGAAUUAAUCGAAAAUCCAACCAUUACAUUUGAAAUAAGAAGUUGGAAUCUAUUAGCAAGUCCAAUUGUUGCAAUAAAAAAUGGAUCUAAAGUAAGCAUUCAGUCAUAUCGCAGUCCAUCAAUAUUAUGCAUUAGAUCUCUCGAAGACAACGAAGUAGAACGGUAUCAUCGAGUUAUUCAAGAUACUGCAAAAGCUUGCCAAAUCGCUCUGGAUUUGACUACUAUACCAGAAGUUGGUGAUAUGGUUAUGGCUCAAUUUUUAGAUGAAAAUUAUUAUCGAGCUAUUGUCCUUGAAAUUGAAAAGAAACCAGAAAAUCCAAAGAUUAAGGUUAACUAUGUUGAUUUUGGCAAUAAUGAAGUAACGACUCUUAAGAAACUUAAAGUGUUACCUGCUAAACUGAAAAAAGAACCUUACUGUGCGAAAAAAGUAACAUUAAAGGGAAUAAAGAAUGUUCCACCCAGUGAAAAAGCUAUUUUUUAUCUAGAGAGUAUUGCUGAUCAAGAAACUCCCUAUAUUUUACAUUUCUCUGAUUCUAUUGAUAAUGGUGUUACAUUGAAGAAUUUACAAGGUACAGUUGUAAAUGAUACCAUUAAUGAAUUUUUAGAACCAAACUGGCAAAAGAAAGAAGAAACUAACGACGAAGAUUAUUUGAAACUUGAAAAUAUGGAAGUUGGAAAACUCGGUAAAGUAGGUGAAGUUGUUAAGGCUUAUUUCUUAGCACCUAUUGAACCAGGUUUUAAAUACGUUUUUGCUUCUAUCGAUACUGAACUUAUUGCCCAUAUUUCACAAGUUCUUCCUGAAUUAUUAACGGAAUAUUGCAAUAAAUCGGAAUUUUAUAUUCCGAGAAACAACGAACUGUGUAUUGCAAAAUAUGAAAACGAAUGGUACAGAGGAUGUUGUAUCAAACCAAGUUUAACUCCAGAUAGUGCAGAAAUUUAUUUCCUUGAUUAUGGAAACAUUGCAGAAGUUAAACAUCAAGAUUUACGAAUGAUGAAAGAUGAUUUCUUGAAACCAAGUGCUUUAGGAUUGAUCUGCAACACUUUAGAUUUCGUUAAAACCAAGAAUUCUAAAGAAUUAUUAGAAAAGUUAGAUUCUCUUUUAAUUCCCAAUGAAAUUUAUUCAUUGCAUAUUUUGAAAUAUGAAGAUACUGAAUGGACCGUAGAGUUUCCAGAAAUAAAAGAAAAGUUAAUCAAGGAUGGCUUACUUGAUUCCUAAGAACAGAAUAAUUUUGAAAAAUUAUUUUAUAUUUUUUUAACUACAUAUUUUCUAAUUAUUAUUUUAUUUUCAAACGAGUAAGUUUGAGUAUUAAUAUUUCUAUAA